AUUGUGAAGGACCCACUCAUACAUAGAACGGCCCACACCCCAUAAUCCCGGAUUUCAAUCUCCUCGAAACCCGCAGCACCUGCUACGAUGCUGGGCUCAUUUUCACGACCACAACGGCAGCCUCUUCGAGUGUUGAUAGACUCCUCGCUUCCUCAGGCUCAUAGUUUGACCUCCCCUGAACCUGAUUCUUCUCCCACAUCCGAAUACAGUUUAACUGCAUUGGGGGUAACGCCCAGCACAGGCGACCUGGAGUGGUCCAUCUGCAACGUGAUAUGUAUGUUUGACUUUGAGUCAGACGAUCCAGAUCAUCUCCCCUUCACCCGCAAUGAGAUUCUCACCGUCGUGAAGAUGGAAGAGUCGGGUUGGUGGGCUGCUAUGCGUCCAAAGGGGGACCGUCUCGGGUGGAUUCCGAGCUCUUUCGUAGAGCGUCUCACAGAAACGGCUAUAAGAGAGCUGGAUAAGGGGGAUGUCCACACCCGGAUCCAUGACCAUGAAGGGAACAACGCGAGAGACUCUGAAUCAGAGAUUGAUCCAGAAUGUAUAGAAUUCGAGAAAAUACUGAGCUCUGUGUCCGAUGUGGCGAAGUCCCUGUUCCUACCCAGUAACCAGUUGGCGUGUGAAGAUUCACGAAGGAGCAGCGAUAUUCAUGACUCUUUCUUUAGCUUAUCUGAUGAUGAGCCGUCACCACACGGUUUAACCCGCCCCUCCCCUUCUCCUUCCUACAGCGUGUCACAACCCCCUGUCACUUUGCCCAGUUCAGUGUUCGAAGUUCCGAUUCAACCGCUCGGCAAGCUAGACCUGCAAUUUUCAUCAUUCAGUAUUGAUUCAGGACGUUCACUUCCAUCGUCGCCUUAUCCCCGCCGUCCCCGCCGUCUUGCGGUGCUUGUUAAUGACCGCGAAUCCUUAUCGCGCCUAUCUGCUAUCAUCGACCAGGAUCAUUCGAUCGCUUUCCAUGCCAUCGACAGUUCGCAAGUGAAAGAGACAUUUGACGCAUUUAACAGGAGGUGCAUGGGAAGUUGAGCCUAUUCUAUGAUACCCAUACGCCCCUACCUCCUCUUCACGGCUGUAUUCAGGAACAUGAUCUCGAGUGGCUUGUAUUUUUUUUGACCUGGACCAUUGUAGCAUAAUUACAUUUUACGUGUAGUGCACAGGUUGCAUCCAUCGAAACUGA